CGUGGGCGUUCCUGCCUCCGCCAUCACGCCGGGGCGGUGCACGGACUCCGCGCCGAGGAAACCCCGGCGCGCGCGGGACCUGUAGGCUCGGACCCCCCGCUACCGCUCACCAGCCGCCACUCCGUCCGCGCGCGCGCGCUCCCACUCCUGUGUGAUCUCUGCGACAGAGCUCGUGCACCUCCUCCUCCUCCGGUGACCGGAGCCGCACCGAGUGAUGCUGCUGCUGCGGCCCGCGCUGCCCUCCUAAAGCCCCCCCGGCCCCAUGAACAUGUCCAGCGCAGUCGCGGGACUCGACCCCACCGACAGGCUCAUCAAAUCGGUCCCGUUCCCGCUGAGCCACAGGUUGAGUAUGCGGGAGGUGUUUGACUGUGAGGGAAAGCCACGCGUGGACCUGCUGAAGGCUCACCUCACUAAAGAGGGCCGUGUGGAGGAACCUGUCGCUCUGCGCAUCAUCAAUGAAGGAGCCUCCAUCCUGCGACAGGAGAAGACAAUGCUGGACAUCGAGGCUCCCGUUACAGUGUGUGGAGAUAUUCACGGGCAGUUCUUUGACCUGAUGAAGCUGUUUGAGGUUGGAGGGUCUCCAGCUACAACGAGGUACCUCUUUCUAGGGGACUACGUGGACCGAGGUUACUUCAGUAUCGAGUGCGUUUUGUAUCUCUGGUCACUGAAAAUCCUCUACCCCAAAACGUUAUUUCUUCUGCGGGGAAACCAUGAAUGUAGACAUUUGACUGAAUAUUUCACAUUCAAACAAGAAUGUAAAAUCAAAUAUUCCGAGCAGGUGUACGAUGCGUGUAUGGACGCGUUCGACUGCCUGCCCCUGGCCGCUUUGAUGAAUCAGCAGUUUCUCUGCGUGCACGGUGGCCUCUCACCCGAGAUACACACGUUAGAUGACAUCAAGAAGCUGGACCGGUUUAAAGAGCCUCCAGCCUUUGGGCCCAUGUGUGAUCUUCUAUGGUCAGAUCCAUUAGAGGACUUUGGCAAUGAGAAGUCGCAGGAGUAUUUCAGCCACAACACUGUCCGCGGCUGCUCCUACUUCUACAGCUAUCCUGCGGUGUGUGAGUUUCUACAGACUAAUAAUCUGCUCUCGGUGAUCAGAGCCCACGAGGCGCAGGAUGCAGGUUAUCGGAUGUACAGAAAAAGCCAGACGACAGGCUUCCCCUCUCUCAUCACCAUCUUCUCCGCCCCCAAUUACCUGGACGUGUAUAAUAAUAAAGCUGCUGUGCUAAAAUAUGAGAACAAUGUGAUGAACAUACGUCAGUUUAACUGCUCACCACACCCGUACUGGCUGCCUAACUUCAUGGACGUGUUCACCUGGUCCCUGCCUUUCGUAGGAGAGAAAGUUACUGAGAUGUUGGUGAAUGUCCUUAGCAUCUGUUCGGAUGAUGAACUCAUGAACGAUGGUGAUGAGAUCUAUGACGCGACUGUUGCAGCUGCACGUAAAGAGGUCAUCAGGAACAAAAUCCGUGCCAUUGGCAAAAUGGCCAAAAUGUUCUCAGUCUUACGUGAGGAGAGUGAGAACGUGUUGACUCUGAAGGGUCUGACCCCGACCGGCAUGCUACCCAGCGGAGUUCUUUCUGGAGGAAAACAGACUUUACAGAGCGCUAUCCGUGGUUUCUCCCCGCAGCAUAAGAUCAGCAGUUUUGAGGAGGCGAAGGGUCUGGACCGGAUAAACGAGCGCAUGCCGCCGCGCCGCGACGUGCUCAACAGCGUGGGUCUGUCGAUGGGCCGCAUGAACAUGACCGAGUCCAACGGCACCGACGACAACAGCAACCUUCAGUGACUCUUAAUCAUCACCCCCCACUCCUUCUCCUCCUCCUCCUCCUCCUCUUCAUCCCUGUCCGUGCUCUUGCUCUCCCUCUUUCUUUCCCCUCUUUCCGCUCGUCUGCAUUGCUGCUCUUUCUUUCUCUCCCUCUUCACAGUGGACGAGUUGAGAUUUGAGACACGGCCCGAGUGAACUACGGAUGAGGCAGGAUUUUCUAUUCGCCUUUGAAAAGGAGGACGUAAAGAGCAUGGGAUGGCAGGAGGAAGUGCAGGAGGAAGUUCAGCUUUGAAGCUCGGUCUGGUCGUGUUUUAGUGAAGUGGAAGAGGGAGAUGAGAGUGGUGUGUGUGUGGGAUGUAUAAUGACAUAUUAACUGCAGACUGAUAAUAGGAUGUUGGAGCGCUGUUUUCUUGGAUGUGUGUGUGUGUGUGUGUGUGUGUGGGUGGUUGACUUUGUAAGGGACUAGGCUUUUCACUGAAGACUAUUCGUCUUUUCCUGCCUGCUGGAAACUGAAUACUACAGUGUCUGAUAUUCAUUCACUGUCAGAGGAGUGUGUGUGUGUGUGCUUGAGAGAGAGAAAGAGAGAGUGUGUACGGGUGUGUUAGGGCUGUCAAUUUCAUUAAAAAAUGCAAUCAUUUCUAGGAUUAGCAAUGAAACAUUAAAAUAAUUGUCACUUUGUUAUGCCAAGAAAUUUAGAGAAGGUCUAGAUUUCAAUUUGAGCUUAAACUUUUAAUCGCUUAAUGACGAUAUUAUAUUAUAUUUUCUCGGCACAUUUGCUGAUACUAAAUUCAACUUUCAUGUCCAGCGUUUAGGUUUAAGAACUAAUAUUCGCGAUCAACACCAUGGGAUUCACCGUGAUUAACAUUUUACACCGGACUCUCCCCAGCGUACAGUGGGACUUCUCUGAUUUCUCAAAACAAACCCAGACGUGAAAGAGCUCUUGAGGUUUCAGGCGUCAGUAACCGUGUUGAUGUACAUAGUGAGAUGAGACAGCGUAUCACGCUACACCACACCGUACAGGAAGUGCUGUUUGUGAUGGACGUGCUGUGUGUUCACCCCAGAUUACAAUCGUGCUUAGCAUGAAUACUAGCUAAACGUUAGCGAAAAACUAUAAUCAAAAUAACAGGAAAUGAUGAAAAGGUUUUCAGUUAUGCAAAAUCCGUCAUUCAUUUCGUUUUAAUCCUAAACAGCGUUCUCGUCACUAUCUAUGCUUACUACUAAGGGUAUAACACACAGCCAUUGUAGACUAUAUAUAGUACAUUACAUGACCUUGACUGGGAGUCUGGUGGAAAUUCAUUCAAAAAACAUCAUAAUUGAGAUGUAACCCAAUGCAAAUCGGUUCUUCGGAUUGCCAGAAAGGUUCGCGCGGCAUCGAGUUCGAAGCCACGUCGUCAGGGUGGAGGAGGUUUAAAUUCAGUAACUAGUUCGUUUCCAUUUGUUCGAAAAUAUCGUACAUGUAUAAAGUACAAAAAGAAUAGCUUUGUGAGUAGGAUUUUAAAAAAAUAAUAAUAAUCACAUGGUUUUAGAUUUCAUAUGUAAAUUAAAAAUAAAGGGGGAAAAAACAUACUGGUUUAGCCACGCCCACUUCAGAUAUAAAUCUGGGACUGUCCCUAAUUACGUCCCUGAUAUAUAGCUUUGAAUAUGUGAAAAUAAAGUUAGUUGUGAAAUGACGUGUUUAUUUCAAAUCCCUUUUUCUAACAUGAACAUCAUUUAGUAAUGUAACGUUUCGAUACGUUUUAGUUCGGCGACUAAACGUAUACCAUGGGGUCUUUAAAAAAUCUAACGUGCAUCUUUUUUUUUUUUUUUGGAAAUUAUGAAAAUUUUAAUGGUGAAAUUUGAGCCAACAGCCCUACUGUGUGCAAGAGUGUAUGCAUAUAUGAGUGUGUGUAGUACCAGUCAAAAGUUUGUGCACCCCACUCUACUCAUUUAUAGGUUUUUCUGUAUUUUGACUAUUUUCUACAUCGUAGAACAACACUGAAGACAUCAACACUAUGAAAUAAUAUAUGGAAUUAUGUGGUAAACAAAAGUCGAGUCAAGUUUAUUUGUAUAGCGCUUUUAACAAUAAACAUUGUCGCAAAGCAGCUUUACAGAAUUUGAACGACUUAAAAUAUGAGCUAAUUUUAUCCCUAAUCUAUCCCCAAUGAGCAAGCCUGCGGGGACAGUGGCAAGGAAAAACUCCCUCAGACGACAUGAGGAAGAAACCUCGAGAGGAACCAGACUCAAAAGGGAACCCAUCCUCAUUUGGGCAACAAUAGACAGCAUGACUAUAACAUUAACAGUCCUAACAUAAAGUCAAGUCAAGUUUAUUUGUAUAGCGCAUUUUAACAAUAAACAUUGUCGCAAAGCAGCUUUACAGAAUUUGAAUGGCUUAAAACAUGAGCUAAUUUUGUCCCUAAUCUAUUCCCAAUGAGCAAGCCUGUGGCGACGGUGGCAAGGAAAAACUCCCUCAGAUAACAUGAGGAAGAAACCUCGAGAGGAACCAGACUCAAAAGGGAACCCAUCCUCAUUUGGGCAACAACAGACAGCAUGACUAUAACAUUAACAGUUUUAACAUGAAGUCAGUUUCGUUGAUGUUAUAAACUCUUCA